AUGCCAAGAACACGAGCACUAGGCUACAUUUUUCUUUGCAUCUGCCUCUGCGUUGUUCUGCCUCUUCUUCUGAGAAGACUACUGCAAGGGGAUGCCAGGGUGAACAGGUUUUCCCUGUCCAGUUACCCUUAUGGGAAAUUUUCCGGAAACGUCACCGAAAAGGUCGUCGCCAACACUCAAACCAAUGCCAGUGCCAAUCUGACGGCAUUCUGUGCAAACCUCGACGACAGCACUCAGCCAAUGCUGGAUUACCAGACGCCCCAUCCCGAAGAAACGGAUCUCUUCUUCGCCAGUAUAAAUUCCUUUUCGCAUAGAAACUGUCAACGCUUUAGAGGGGCAUUCGUGCCUCAAGAGGGGUCGCCGGUGUCCGCGCAGGAAACCGUCUAUCCCCUGGCAUUCACCAUCGUCGCGCACAGAAAUCCCCGCCAGUUGGCACGUCUGCUCCGCAUGAUCCAUCGUCCUACCAACUUCUACUGCAUCCACAUUGACCGCCGUAGCUUGCCAGAGUUUAGCCAAGCGGUGGAGGGGAUUGCGACCUGUUUUGGACCUAACGUACACGUGGUACCCCCAGAGUCCCGAGUGGUGGUAACGUGGGGCAAUGCCAGUGUGCUCGAACCACAGCUUGUGUGCGCAGAUAUGGCCCUUAAGCAGCCAGGUUGGCGAUACUUGCUGAAUGUAGCAGCAGAAGAGGUUCCCCUUCGCACGAAUCUAGAAAUAAUUGCGGCAAUGAAAGCGCUGAAUGGAUCGAAUCUCAUGGAAUGUUUUCGGGGUGAAAGAUUUUCUAGUUGGACGAAAGGAAUACAGCUGCCUAAUCAAGUUAGUGCAUUUCAAUGCGAAUAG